AUGGAGCCUGUAGCCGUACUUCUAGCAUCGGUGAUCGCCGUAUACUGCUGUCAACCAACUGUGGCACAGUUCAACCAGUGUACGGGAGAAAAUAAGUGCGUCAACAUUCGCGAGUGCGCUAUGUUUGGGCCACACUUUACUGAGCCAGCCAAGUGGUCCAAUGCGUUGAAGGGUGAAUUUCGGCAGCGUGUUUGCAAACGGGAAACGAUCAAUGGUGUGAAGGUGUUCAAAGUGUGCUGUCCACGUGAACCAACCGCUGGACGUGUUUUGCGCGGUAUAGAGCUGCUGAAUUUCACAUCCUGUGGAACCACCUCGGAAAAUAGGAUAGCACAUGGCAAGUACGCGAAACUGUUUCAAUUUCCCUGGAUGACACUUCUUGAGAACAAGCUGGGAAAGUUUCCAUGCGGGGCGACCCUGAUUGCCGAGCGGUACGUGCUGACGGCGGCACAUUGCGUUAGGGAAGGCGAUAU